GACUUCCCCAGGCGGAAUAGGCAGAUGAGAGCAGUUUCUUCCAAAGGUCAUGAAGGCAACAGCCCUUAGAGCUUGGUCAGUCAUGGAAGACGCCAAGGUGAUCCACUGCAUCCUGGGCCAUUACCAGUCAUCCUGACUUUUAUCUUGUGUGGGGUUGAAGAUUGUCCAAUCUGCAAGGAAAAACCACUGAGGCAGAGCUCCUAGCCAACAGCACUUUACUAAAGGGUCCGUGGCUCCUUCCAAUGAAGUGGACCUCAGAUCUUCCUCAGAGCAACUCAAGACAUUAUUGGUCCUUUUCAAAAGUAGUGGAUGAAAAAACACAACAUUCUCUCUCUGCCCCAGGAAGUUUGAAGAAGUGCUUUUGGAAACAGCUGAAGAACUUCAGAAUUUAAUUAAGGGUGGGAAACUAAUGUAUGAACAAUUGCCAAUGGUUGAAAUUGAUGGAAUGAUGAUGGUACAAACCAGAGCCAUCCUAAGAUACAUAGCUGGAAAAUACAACUUGUAUGGGAAGGAUCUGAAGGAGCAAGUCCUUAUUGACAUGUAUGUGGAAGGAAUGAGAGAUCUGUAUGACAUAAUUAUGCUUUCCCCAUUGUCUUUGCCUGAAGACAAGGAGAAGAAUUUUAGCUUUAUCUCGGAGAAAGCCACGCAAAGAUUCUUCCCAGUGUAUGAGAAGGCAUUAAAAGACCAUGGGAAAAAUUACCUUGUUGGCAACCAGCUGAGCUGGGCAGAUAUCCAUCUACUUGAACUCAUCUUAAUGGUUGAAGAAUGCAAGUCUGAUGCUCUCUCGGCAUUCCCUAAACUGCAGGAGUUCAAAGCUAGAGUCAGCAAACUCCCCAGGAUUCAGAAAUUCCUUCAGCCUGGUAGUCCAAGAAGGCCACCCAUGGAUGAAGCAAGUCUUGAAGCUGCAAAGAAGAUAUUCAAGUUUGAAAAAGGCUUGCUUCUUAAAUAUUCGAGCACCAUAUUAGCUGAAUUCUAGUCAUGCUCACAAAAAAUACUAGGAUGUGCUCCUGCAGCAUUUCUAGUUUCAGUAACUAAUAAAUAUGAUGCCUCCUUA